GCUGGUUAGUGUACCUGAUAAGCCAUGAGCAAAUGCUCCUCUGUCCAUGAAGUCAGUAGGACUGCAGAGUAUGUCACUUGUGAAUUCUGAGAAGUUUGUGUUACAGACGCAUACUAUGGGAAUGAUUAGUAUGACUGCGGACUACGUAUGUGCACGCUUGUUGCAUGAAGUUGGAAGCUUAUCAAUCCAGAACUCGUGUCGAUUGCAUGAAGUUGGAAGAUUAUCAAUCCAGAACUCCUGUGAGCGCCUGAAAUGUUUUGGCACACGAAUGCAGUUCAUACACUUGAUGGAUGAUCACAGUUCUCCUAUGGGUUUGUACACAAAUAUGUUGAGUGAAGGAUACAACGAAGAAGCUUGGGGCCAAAAUUUGAGUAGUCCUCUGGGUUUGUACGCAGCAGAUCAUACACCAAUACAUGCUGAAGUUCCUACUCCUCCAGUAAAAGCAAAUAACAAGAGGAAAGGAAAUUUCACCGAUAAAGAAGAUGAAGUUUUGGUGGUUGCAUGGUUGCAUGCUAGUAUGGAUCCAAUAGUAGGUACUGAACAAAAGAAUGCCACUUAUUGGAAUAGGAUUCAUGAGGAGUAUGAAUCCCACAAGCCAGAAGGAAGUGAUCACAAUGUCAAUUCCUUAUCGCAUCGUUGGUCCGCUGUGAAAGAACAAGUGGGUAGGUUUUGUGGAUGUUAUGAGCAAAUUACGCAUAGGCGCGAAAGCGGGAAGACAGAGCAAGACAAGAUUGUUGAUGCUCUCAAAUUGUUCAAGUCACAAGAUAAGACCAAUAAAGGGUUUGUGCUAAUGCAUUGUUGGAACAUGUUGCGUUUCGAACAAAAGUGGUUAGCUCAAGUUGAUAGGUCAUCUCAAAGUAAUAAAAAGCAGAAGUCAAGCUCCAAUGCAAGUCCAAACAUGUCUACUCAAGAAGCCAACACGAUCCAUCUUGAUGACUUUGAAACUACAUCUCCUGUCAAAGCGGAUCACAUGAAGAGACCUAUUGGGAAGAAGGCGGAGAAAGAACGGCAACGUCGAGGUAAAAAUGUUACCUCUUUAGAAGAUAGUAAUGUUGUGAUGGCUUUGGAUGUUGAGUUCUCAAAGAGGACAGAGAUGGAGAUGGCAAGAGAAACAGCAAGACAAGAAAGAGAGAUGGCAAGAGAAACAGCAAGACAAGCAAGAGAGGAUGCAAAGGAAAAGCGUUAUGUUGGAGCACUUGCAAUGGAGAAAAGGAACUAUGAAUUUGACGAAAGGAAGAUGGAAAUGGAGAUAAUAAAUAAGGAUCUUAGUUCGUUGGAUGAUGACCAAAAAGAAUACUACAAGAUGCUACGGCGUGAUAUCAUUGACCGACGAUCUAAAAGAUCAAUUUGAGUAUGUUGUUGUAUUAACUAUUUGAGUAUGGACUAUGGUGUUCUAUGCACUAUUUGAGU